AUGCGGUCUAUCCUCUCAAUCUUCUUGGUUUCUGCAGCCCUGUUAUCUGCCACAUCUGGCGCCCCAGAUUGGCAGUUCAACCUCAAGGCACAGUCGUCUGGUAUCGUCGCCCUCGAGUCGAUCAUCGUCAACCCCAACCUUGCGCUCUGGUUCGACCGUGCGUCCAACGACCCUCUUCAGAUCAACAACCACUCCGCAUGGGGCGCUCUCUUCAAUCUCCAGACGGCGGAGGUCACACCCCUGAACGUCAUUACCAACUCUUUCUGUGCCAGCGGUGCGUUCCUCAGCAAUGGAACAAUGGCGAGCAUUGGCGGAGACCAGACGGGAUUCACUGGGAACCCAACCAUCAAGCCUGGAACUCAGGCGAUCCGUUUGUUCGAUCCGUGCGCAUCGCUCACGGGAGAGGGUUGCAGCCUCUUCGAGGACCCCAACCUGAUCCUCCUCGAAAAGCGGUGGUACCCCUCGGCUGCGCGCAUCUUCGACGGCAGUCUCAUCAUCGUGGGGGGCAUGCAUGAGGAAGCAGUGUUCUACAACAUCGAUCCCGCCAACAGUUUUGAGUUCUUCCCUCGUAAGGAAGAGUCCGUCCGUCCGUCCGCGUUCCUGGAGAGAAGUCUGCCUGCGAACCUGUUCCCGCGUAUUCUUGCCUUGCCCGACGGCACUGUGUUUAUGGUGGCCAACAAUCAGUCGAUUAUUUACGACGUCGAAACUAACACCGAGACUAUUCUCCCUGAUAUCCCGAACGGCGUCCGCGUCUCCAACCCGACCGACGGCUCUGCCGUCCUCCUGCCUCUCUCUCCUCCUGACUUCAUUCCCGAGGUCUUAGUAUGCGGUGGUUCAAGCAUUGACGAUCGUAUCCCCGUCCAGAACCUCUCUAGCCAAUUUCCUGCGACAUCACAGUGCUCCCGGAUUACCCUCACGCCCGAGGGCAUUGCCAAGGGCUGGGAGGUCGAGCAAAUGCUCACGAACCGCACCUUACACGAGCUCCUCCACCUCCCCAACGGCCAAAUCCUCAUCGCAAACGGGGCUGGGACCGGCUUUGCUGGUUACGGGAGCGUUGCAGACCCUGUCGGGAACUCGAAUGCGGAUAACGCCGUGCUCGUACCCGAGCUCUAUACGCCGUCCGCACCGCUUGGGCAGCGGUUCAGUAAUGAGGGGAUGCUGAGUUCUGGGAUCGCGCGCGUAUACCAUUCCAGCAUCACGCUGACGCCACAGGGGAACUUCCUCGUCGCGGGGAGCAACCCGAACAACGGGAGCAACUUCACGGGGCCGGACUUCAAGUUCCCGAGCGAAUUCAGGGUGCAGACGCUUGACCCACCGUUCAUGUUCGUUGAGCGGCCGACGAUCAUCAGUGCUCCCCAGAAGCUCGCAUUCAACAGCAGCGUCACUAUCCCGAUAUCUGUUCCUGACACUCUCAGUAACGACAAUGCUACGAUCCAAGUAUCGCUCAUGGACCUCGGCUUCUCCACCCAUGGCUUCCACACCGGUGCACGGCUUGUCUUCAUGGACGCCACCAUCUCGGAUGACGGGGAGUCGUUGACUUUCACCACACCUCCGAGCGGUCGGGUCUUUCCGCCCGGUCCUGCCACAGUCUUCUUGACAAUUAACGACGUGACGAGCGAGGGUGUCUCGGUAAUGAUGGGUAGCGGGAACGCACCACCAACCUUGGAGUAA